AUGGGAGACCUGACUACGUGGGUGUCUGACAAGUUGAUGACCCUUUUGGGUUACUCAAAGCCUGCUGUUGUUCAAUAUGUCAUCAGUAUAUCUAAAAAGUCGUCUUCGCCAGCCGAACUGGUGAACACACUAGUGGAUUUGGGGUUAUCAUCCUCCAGUGAAACUAAGGCCUUUGCACAACAAAUGUUUUCUCGAGUUGAUCAUAAGGCAUCUGGUCCCAAUCUUUAUCAGCAGAGAGAAAGAGAGGCGGCAUUGCUAGCUAGGAAGCAAACAACAUAUACUAUCUUGGAGGACGAUGAUGAGGAUGAUGAUUCUGGAGGUGCUGUUGCCAAUACUUCUGCUCCUGCAGCAAAUCAAUCUCAAAAAGAAGAUAACCGAAGUAAAAGGUUCAGGAAGAGGACUAAGCCCGAAGAAUAUGAAGAUGAAGAUGAAGAUGAUGAGGAAGAGAUAACUAGGAAGGAAUUAAAAUCUUCGAGGAGACGAACUUCCAAGGAUGAAAGCGAUGGUUCAGAGUCUGAAGAAGAAAGAUUGCGUGAUCAAAGAGAGAGAGAAGAGUUGGAACGACACAUUAGAGAACGUGAUGCAGCCAGGACGAAAAAGUUAACUGAGCAAAGCUUAACCAAAAAGGAGGAAGAGGAAGCGAUUCGGAGAUCAAAAGCUUUAGAGAGUGAUGAAAUGGACAUGUUGAGAGUAUUUUCAAGGCAGGAAUACUUGAAGAAAAGGGAGCAAAAGAAGCUUGAAGAACUCAGGGACGAAAUUGAAGAUGAGCAAUACUUAUUUGACGGCGUAAAACUUACAGAUGCAGAAUACCGUGAGCACAGAUACAAGAAAGAAAUCUACGAACUGGUUAAGAAGCGGACUCAAGAGAGUGAUGAUGUUGAGGAGUAUAGGAUGCCUGAAGCCUAUGAUCAGGAGGGUGGCGUGAAUCAAGAUAAGAGAUUUGCUGCUGCUUUGAAGCGUUACAAGGAUACAAAUGCUUCAGACAAAAUGAAUCCAUUUGCUGAACAAGAAGCAUGGGAAGACCAUCAGAUUGGAAAAGCAACUCUGAAAUUUGGGUCAAAAAACAAAAAGCAAAACUCUGAUGAUUAUCAGUAUGUAUUUGAAGACCAAAUUGACUUCAUAAAGGCAUCAGUGAUGGAUGGCACAAAUAUUGAAGAAGAAUCAUCUGUUGAAGAAAUUGAAAAAUCAAUGGCUAAAACUGCAUUUGAAAAACUCCAGGAUGACAGGAAAAGUUUACCUGUGUUUCCAUAUAGGGAAGAACUUCUGAGAGCUGUUGAAAAUCAUCAGGUCAUUGUUAUUGUUGGAGAGACAGGUUCUGGAAAGACUACUCAAAUUCCUCAAUAUCUCCAUGAAGCAGGUUACACGAAGCGUGGGAAGAUUGGGUGUACCCAACCUCGAAGAGUUGCUGCCAUGAGUGUUGCUUCUCGAGUGGCUCAGGAGAUGGGAGUCAAACUUGGACAUGAGGUUGGGUAUUCAAUUCGUUUUGAAGAUUGCACCUCAGAAAAGACAGUAUUGAAAUAUAUGACUGAUGGAAUGUUACUGCGCGAAUUCCUCAGUGAGCCUGAUCUCGCUGGUUACAGUGUGGUAAUGGUGGACGAGGCCCAUGAGAGGACAUUGUCUACAGAUAUUCUGUUUGGGUUGGUUAAGGAUAUAGCUCGAUUUCGCCCUGAUCUCAAGUUAUUAAUUUCAAGUGCAACCCUCGAUGCUGAGAAAUUUAGUGACUAUUUUGAUUCUGCCCCGAUCUUUAAGAUUCCGGGAAGGCGAUAUCCUGUUGAGAUACAUUACACUAAAGCUCCAGAGGCUGAUUACUUGGAUGCAGCAAUUGUUACUGCCCUUCAGAUUCACGUAACUCAGCAACCUGGAGAUGGUGACAUAUUAGUUUUUUUUACUGGACAGGAGGAAAUUGAGACAGCUGAGGAGAUUUUGAAGCAUAGAACAAGAGGCUUGGGCACAAAGAUAGCAGAGCUGAUAAUCUGUCCCAUCUACGCUAACUUGCCAACAGAGUUGCAGUCCAAGAUAUUUGAACCGACUCCUGAAGGAGCACGAAAGGUGGUCCUGGCUACUAACAUUGCAGAAACUUCACUGACAAUUGAUGGCAUUAAGUAUGUUAUUGAUCCUGGAUUUUGUAAAAUGAAGUCUUACAAUCCUCGGACAGGAAUGGAGUCAUUACUGGUCACCCCCAUCUCUAAAGCAUCUGCAAAUCAAAGGGCCGGUCGAUCGGGACGCACGGGCCCUGGGAAGUGCUUUAGGUUGUAUACAGCACACAAUUACUACAAUGAUUUGGAUGAUAAUACUGUUCCAGAAAUACAGAGAACAAAUUUAGCGAAUGUUGUACUGACACUCAAGAGCCUUGGUAUUCAUGACUUGUUAAACUUUGACUUCAUGGAUCCACCACCAUCUGAAGCUUUAUUAAAAGCGCUGGAACUGCUGUAUGCACUAGGUGCACUUAACAAGCUUGGUGAGUUGACUAAGGUUGGUAGAAGAAUGGCUGAGUUUCCUCUUGAUCCCAUGCUGUCGAAGAUGAUUGUUGCAUCUGAAAAAUAUAAAUGCUCAGAUGAGAUUAUUUCUGUUGCUGCGAUGUUAUCCAUUGGGAAUUCAAUUUUCUAUCGUCCUAAGGAUAAACAAGUGCAUGCAGAUAAUGCUCGAAAGAAUUUUCACACGGGGAAUGUAGGAGACCACAUUGCACUAUUGAAGGUGUACAAUUCCUGGAAGGAAACCAACUUUUCUACUCAGUGGUGCUAUGAGAAUUACAUCCAAGUCAGAAGCAUGAAACGGGCCAGAGAUAUCAGAGAUCAAUUGGAGGGGCUGUUGGAACGGGUUGAGAUUGAAGUUACAUCAAAUGAGAAUGACUUGGAAGCUAUAAAGAAGGCUAUAACAUCUGGUUUUUUCCCCCACUCAGCCAGGUUGCAAAAAAAUGGAUCAUAUCGAACUGUGAAAUUCCCCCAAACUGUUUAUAUUCAUCCGAGCUCAGGUUUAGCUGAGGCACUUCCAAGAUGGGCUGUUUACCAUGAACUGGUAUUGACUACCAAGGAAUACAUGCGGCAGGUGACUGAGCUAAAACCUGAAUGGCUGGUCGAGAUAGCACCCCACUACUAUCAGUUAAAAGAUGUUGAAGAUCCGGGAGCGAAGAAGAUGCCUCGAGGAGAAGGCCGUGCAUCUUCAAAUUUCUAA